AUUAUGAGAAAAAACUCCACUUCCGUGACUGAGUUCAUUCUCCUCGGACUGACCAGUCGCCUGGAAUUGCAGAUUGUCCUCUUCCUGCUGUUUCUGGUGAUUUACAUGGUCACGGUCGCAGGGAAUCUUGGCAUGAUUGUCCUCAUCCAGGCCAAUGCCCGGCUCCACAAACCCAUGUACUUUUUCCUGAGCCACCUGUCGUUUGUAGAUCUGUGCUUCUCUUCCAAUGUGACCCCCAAGAUGCUGGAGAUUUUCUUAUCAGAGAAGAAAACCAUCUCCUAUCCUGCUUGUCUGGUGCAGUGUUACUUUUUCAUUGCCUUGGUCCACGUGGAGAUCUAUAUCCUGGCUGUGAUGGCCUUUGAUCGGUACAUGGCCAUCUGCAACCCUCUGCUUUAUGGCAGCAAGAUGUCCAGGAGCGUGUGCACAUCCCUCAUCACGGGGCCUUACGUUUAUGGAGCGCUCACGGGCCUCAUGGAGACCAUGUGGACCUACAACCUAGCCUUCUGUGGCCCCAAUGAAAUUAACCACUUCUACUGUGCGGACCCACCCCUGAUAAAGCUGGCCUGUUCUGACACUUACAACAAGGAGUUGUCAAUGUUUGUGGUGGCUGGUUGUAACCUUUCCUUUUCUCUGCUCAUCAUCCUGGUUUCCUACCUUUAUAUUUUUCCUGCUAUCCUGAGGAUUCGUUCCACAGAAGGCAGGCACAAAGCUUUCUCCACCUGUGGCUCCCAUCUCACAUCUGUCACCAUAUUCUGUGCUACCCUUUUCUUCAUGUAUCUCAGACACCCUUCUAAGGAAUCUGUGGAACAGGGAAAAAUGGUAGCUGUAUUUUAUACAACAGUCAUCCCCAUGUUGAACCCCAUGAUUUACAGCCUUAGGAAUAAAGAUGUGAAAGAAGCCCUCAAGGAAAUUUUAAAAGGAAAGUAA